UAAAACUUGAAAACGAUCCACCACCUGUAUCCCUUCUUCCUAUCUCAUCCGGUUCUUUCGGCACACACCGAAGAUCCUCCCCCACAAUUGCCAUUGGCGGUCGCUUGCUUGUCAAACGAUCGGUGAAAUCUUGCUUAAUCCCGUGGAAGAAAAAAGUUGACCAAACAUGGAUGAUGUGACGUACCUCCUCUCAGCUAACCAAUCUGUGGAAUCUGGAAGCGUGACGCAGGACAGCAAUUCUACAUCCAUCAUAGCUUCACCACAGGAAUAUUCACGAGUGAUCACCCUAUUUGCUGCCGUCUGUUGCAUCUUUUUCAUCAUAUUCGGCCUCUUCGGCAAUUUGGUCACCAUCUUGGCACUGAGCAAAUGUCAGAAACUUCGAAAUGCCACCACAGCAUUUGUCAUCAGUCUGUGUACAGCGGAUUUGCUGUUUUGUGCUCUCAACUUACCACCGACUGCCUCAAGAUACAUCAACCAAGGCUGGAUACUUGGAGAUACCUUAUGCAAACUAUUUCCGUUUUUCUUCUAUGGAAAUGUGGCAGCUUCUUUGAUGUCUAUGACAGCUAUAACUAUUAAUAGGUAUAUUCUGAUCAACCAUUAUAAGUACUAUGACAAAAUCUACCAAAGAAAGUUCAUAGCUUUGAUGAUAGCUUUCUGUUGGCUCUUCAGUUUCUUGAUGCUAACGCCAACCCUGGCUGGAGCUUGGGGUGAAUUUGGUUAUAAAGAAAAAACUUUCUCCUGCACCAUUUUGAAGAAAAACGGAUCAAGUCCCAAGAAAUUCUUAUUUGUUUUGGGAUUUUUAUUGCCUUGCGUCAUCAUUGUCAUCAGUUAUUCUUGCAUUUUUUAUCGAGUUCAUAAAAGUAGAAAAAAUGUGGAGGCUCAUUCUCCCACCCCAACCAAAACUCCUGGAGGUGUUUCGAGUCCGGCUCCUUUAAUGCGACAAUUAUCUCAUCGUCAGGACGAAAUCCGACUGACCAGGAUGAUGCUCAUCAUAUUCUGUUCCUUUUUAAUGUGUUUUCUGCCGCUUAUGAUAGCCAAUGUCUUAGAAGAUAAGAUGGAUGUUCCAACCAUCCAUACAGUUGCUUCCAUCUUGGCUUGGAUGUCGUCUUGCAUCAAUCCUAUUAUCUAUGCGGCGAUGAAUCGCCAGUACAGGCAAGCGUAUGUCCGACUAUUUUGCGGAGCCAAAAGAAGAUUAGGAAACACCAAUUCCAGUUCAAGCAAUUGCCGAUCUGGUUCCGGCCAUUCCAAGACACUGAUGUCGGAAGUAUUCGUGUUUAAUGGCACAGCGAACGGAAAUGGGCACUGCGUCACUAACAAUGAAAAAAAUAAACAACAGAAAGAGGAAAACAAGAUGUGAGAGUUUUCUUUUAAAACUUAACCUGAUGUGGGACAAGUAAUUUGGUUAAUUGGUGCCUUGUACUGUUUUCUGAAUUUACUUCAAUGAUUUAAAAUCUAUAAAUAUAGUAGUUCGGAGAUACUGGUACUGGCUUUUGAAAACUUAAUACCAAAGAAUUAUUUUUCUAGAGUCCAUGCAUUUGUUAUCGUUAUACAAUGUAUUUACGUUAAAUGUAUAUUCACUUUUUUUGAAAUUUUUUUUUUAUAGAAAUGUAUACAAAUAACAUGUACUAUGCAUUUCUUUUAAGAGGGCAGCAUUUUUGCUCUAAAAGGAAAUACGAAUUUCUAACCCAAAUAUUUAGAAAAGUUGGCAACUUAUUUUGAAGUAAGUUUUUCUUUUAAAUUUGAUAUAGCUGCCUAAAAUGUGUGACGGAAUUGUUCGAUAACAAGUUUAAAGAUUUCUUAUGGAAUCCUAAAACAGUUACAUCUACCUACAUUUAGGAAUUCUGAAAAUUUUAUUGUUACUGAACAUUUUUGCAGAACAAAAUAAGAUUUUUUUUCUUAAAAAUCACGAGAUUUUUCCAGAACAUUAAAAAUUACGCAUAAUUAAAAAAAAAAAUUCAGUAAGUUUAUUUUUAUGGGAAAGAUUUUGUUCUUUACAUAUCAUUUGUUAGCGUAAAAAUUCCCUUUUAUCAGAAACUUGAUUUUCAGUGAAAUUUAAAUUGAUAAAAUUGAAUUUUUUUAUAUUUAUGAAACAUAUAUAAAUUUUAAAUUAUUAAAACAUGUUUAGUAAAUCAUUAUUGUUACACAACAUAUUUUUCUCCCUUUUUUUAAAUUUUUUUCUUUCUUUGAUGAUAAAAAAUUCUUUUAAUUAAUUUUCAAAUGUUUAAGUAAAAAUAGUUUCUAUUUCAUAAGUUUGGAAAAUAAUGUACAAAAAUUAGAGAAUCUCUCGAAACUGUAGGGAAAGUUGGCAACUAUGCAAUAAUAAGAUUUAUUCAAAUGAUAGAAAAAAAAAUAUCAAGUAGAUCGUACUUGUGUAAAAGGUUUCUUCUCUAGCAUUUAUUACUUUUAAAAAAACGUAAAAACUCAAGCAAAAUUCUAAGCGUAAAAACUUUCAGCAAAAAUUAAUGUAUAAUCUUCAGUACAAAAUUAGUAUGAUGUAUUUCAAUGUUUUUAAGAUAAACAUUUUGUAGAUAAAUUACAAACAAAUAGCGCAUGUUUAUUAACGCUAAUUACUAUUACCCUAAUAGAAAAGUUAUAAUUUUUCUUAAUCAAAAAUUCCUUUUCGUAACUGAAAAAUGUUUAUAUUUUUCCAUUUUCAAAUCUUUUAACAUUCAAAGAGAUGUGUACUUUUUUUUAAAGGCCACAAAAAUAGGGAAUCUCCCUAUAGAAGAGAGAGACGGCAUUUAUGAAAGAACUAUGUUUGGAGUUUUGAAAAACAUUUACGCGUAUACAAUUUUAGUCAGUUAUUUUAAAAGAAAACAAAAUUAUUCUAUAACUAACUUUCUGAGAUAUUUGUGAUAGAAAUUAGCUACAUUUCCUUACAGCGAGCAUUCGAAAUGAAAAACGAAAUGAACUCUUAAAAUAAUACCCAUAUUUGCAUGUUCUACAUUUUUAUGACGAAACAUUAAAACGUUGAAUUCCAUGCAAAAGCAUCAUUAUGCUUAGAAAUACCUGAAAGACUGUUAUAAAUGGAUCUGACAGGGAUUUGUUUUUAACUUUCUUGAAAUUAAAGUGUUAUAUCUUGUUACAUUUAAACUUUUUUUUUUUCAUGAGAAUAAUAUUUUUGUAUUGAAACAUCAUUUGACAUUUUUGAUAAGCAUCAUUUUCAUUUUACACUAUUUAUCCAUGACUGAUAAAACUUAAAUGAAUUUCAUUCGGAGAGUUUAAUCAGUUUAUCAAAACAUCAGAAAUCUUGCUGCAGCGUUGUAUAAGUUAUUAAUAUUCAUUAUUAUUUAACCUACAGUUUUAUUAAUCUCACAUUCAUAAGUUGUAGGAGGGGAAUCAUUAGAUCAAUAAGUUUUUGUCAGUUUAAUAUUGUGAUAAUUUAAUAUGUUUAAAAAAAUUAAUUUUGAACAAAAUUAUUUUGUUUAUGUCUUCUUUGUUUAGUUAGAAUUUUUUUUUUCGUUUAAUGUUAGCUUUCUAUACUGAAUUUGCUCAGAACUAAUAAUGGAAAUAUAUAUAUCUCAUUCAAAUUUUCCUCCUAAAAUUGAUUUUGAGCACAAGAGUUUUUUGAUUUUGGUCAAUUUUGAAAAAAAUUACAUUAGCUAGUUUUAUUAGUUUAGUUGUUUGUCCUACUUCAGCAAACUAUAUUUUAAUUGACUUCGUAUUGUUCAUUUAAUUUUUACAAGAUUAUUCAUUAGAUGAACAUGCUGCUGUUUCAAUUAAAUAGUUAUGUGAUAAUAUGAUCAGUUCACAACGAAAAUUUUUGAACAAAAAUAUUUUGCACAAGUCUUUUUUUGUUUAGUUAAAUAUUAUUUUGUGCAUUUGUUUGCUUUUUAUAUUGAAUUUGUUUUAGAGAUAAUUGUAGUGUUAGUUAAUUUUUUCUGUUUAUAAAGUAUAACUUUUUAUUGGACGAUAUAAUUAACGUGUAUGACUGUUUGCUCUUUUGUCUGUAUAAGAACUAAGUGGGGUUCCUUAGUGACAUUUCAGUGAAUUUGAGUAAAUUAUUUUUAUUCAAUAUUAUCUCAUUUGAAAAGAUGAGUGGAUGAAGGUUCCUUAGUGGCAUUUCAUUGAAUUUGAGUCAAUUAGCUUUUAAGUUAAUAUGUUAGUAGAAAAUAAAGAUUUGCCUUUAUUUGUAAGCUUUUGCAAAAUCCCUCUUUCUCUUUGUAUUUUGAUUUCAAAAGGCAGGUCUAAAGUUACUCAAAGACUCUUUGUUACCAGGUGCACUUGGAAACUUUUUCCAUUCCAAAAACUGUCAACUACUACCUUCAUUCACAAAAAUCUUUUAAUUUAGAGAUUUGGUAAAAUAGAUCAAUGUUGCAGGUUUAACAAUAUUUUUUUAAAAACUUUUAUUUAGAACUUUUAUCGACUAAGCUCUAAAAUUGUGAGAAUAAAUAAUAACUAGAUGAUUUAAAGUUAUGUAUUAUUAUUGAUCUUGUUAAAGAAAUCAGAUUCUUAAAAAUGUUGGGUAGGUUUCAAAUCAUAAAAUUAAUGGAAACAUACAACCAAAUUUGCCACACAACUUUCUCCAAAAAUUGGAUUUGAGGGUAAACAUAUUUUUGAAUUCGAUAACAUUAUAUCAAUUAAUUUCAAAUGUUAAUUUCCUGUUAAUUUCAUAUGCUUUUAGUUUAGAGUUAGCACGUUUGCAAACUAAGCCACUUAUAAAUUCUAGCCAGAAUUAACAUUUCAUUAAGUUCAAAAUAUGAAUACAGUGUUUGCAACUAUUAAUUAACUUAUUUGUCUCUAAAGAUUUAUGCAACUCACAAAAGCAAACAAUGUAUGCAAACUUGUUUUUGACUUUAAAAAAAAUUACAUGCUGAGUAUAUGAUUUAACUUCGUUAUUAUUCAUAGAAGGAAUACUAAAUGAAUGAAAUUUAUAUCUGAUUUCAAUUUCAUAUUUUAUGUAAACAUGAUGACAAUGGCAUAACUUUUAUAAAACAUGAUAAAUGUAAUAAAAAUAAAUAUUUUAAGUAAAAAUCUAAGCUUUCCAAUAAGUAUUUUAAAUAGAUAUUGAAACUAUUCUUUUACAAUGUUCCUACCACUAUUUCCACUAAUUAUACAAAGAGAACAGUGUGCUUUUUAACCUUAGUACAACUAUGUAAUUUUUUAAUAAAAAUUUGAACAAAUA